CAGCUGUCAAAACAACCAUAAACAGAUACCACGUCAAUGCGGGAGGCGUUUAAUCAGCUGGUAAAUUGCGCGAGAAUAUUCAAACAAACCCCAAACCGCGAGUGAUAAGGAGCGACGGAAAGCGCACCGACACGUACACUGAUUUGGUACAAUUGUAAAGGAAAAACUCUUUGUGAAAAAACAGCCACCAAUUGAACGCCCGCAGUAUUGUCCUAUAGCAUGCAACAACCACCAGCAGCACCACAACCAUGACUUUCGACAUCGAACGCAAGCGUUUGGAGCUGUGCUAUGGGACGUUCGGUACCAACGCGAAUGGCACCUCGGCCACAUCGAAGGUGAGCGAACGAAAGCGUAGGAAAAGUUCCACCUCUUCCGAACAACCAAACACCCCGCACAGACAUCGGAAACGGUCCGCGAGUGAAACGGGGACGCUAAACGCAACGCACCAACAACGAUGGCCGCAACAUUUGCUCCAAACCAAAUGCCAUGUUAUCACCAUCUUUGCCAGUGGCGUGCUCUUUUCGGUGCUCAUGCUUAUCCUGCUGGACUUUGUCCCGUCAUCGCCUUACCGACAGACGGCCGGACCGUCGGUGCGGCGCGUUGGUUCCGAGAGUGGACGGGCACUGUACGCACCGCGUCAUCUUCCGGAUGAAUCGCUGCUACGGUUGGCGGAUGAAACGCGCGUGAUGGAACCGUACCUGCCGGCGAGGAAGCUGGUCACCGCAAAACCGUCCGAGGAGAAGCAGGACACACUAACGAAUGAACAGGAAGCGCUCGGAUCGCUUAAAAUGGCACUGGAAAUGAAACAGCUCGGGAAGGAUGAUAAAGCGCUGCGAUUGUUUCAGCACGCACUUGCACUGUCUCCCAAGCAUCCGGAAAUCCUUACCAAGUACGGCGAAUUCUUGGAGCACAACCGGCAGGAUGUGGUAUCGGCCGAUCAGUACUACACACAAGCCCUGACGGUUAAUCCGUACUACUCGGAUGCGCUUGCUAACCGACAGCGAACGGCACAAAUCGUGGAACAGAUGGAUGCUAAGCGGUUCGAAGCGUUGGAUCGGAAGCGAGAUGCGUUGAGUUCGGUGCACGCUUCCAAUAUGGCGUUAAAGCGUGCGGAAAAGGAAGCGUACAUCCAGCACAUUUACCAUUCGGUCGGAAUUGAAGGAAAUACGAUGAGCCUAGCCCAAACGCGCUCGAUUUUGGAAACGCGUAUGGCCGUGGAUGGGAAGAGCAUCGAUGAGCACAAUGAAAUUCUCGGGCUGGAUGCGGCCCUUAAGUACAUCAACGCGACCCUGGUGAACAAAAACGAUUACAUUACGCUAAAGGACAUCCUGGAGAUCCAUCGGCGUGUGCUCGGGCAUGUGGAUCCGAUCGAGGGUGGUGAGUUUCGUCGGACGCAAGUGUACGUCGGAGGUCAUAUACCGCCCGGACCCGGCGAUUUAGCGAUUCUGAUGGGACGGUUCGAAAACUGGCUCAACUCGGAGCAGGUGUUCUUGAUGCAUCCGGUAAAGUACGCCGCCAUGGCACACUACAAACUCGUACACAUACAUCCGUUCAGUGAUGGGAAUGGUCGUACGUCUCGGUUGCUGAUGAACACGCUGCUGAUGCGGGCGGGCUACCCGCCGGUGAUAAUACAGAAGCAGCAUCGCCACAAGUACUACAACUAUCUGCAGCUGGCCAACGAAGGCGAUAUCCGUCCGUUUGUACGAUUUAUAGCGGAUUGUACCGAGCGCACGCUGGAUCUGUAUCUGUGGGCAACGAGUGAGCUGUCCCAUCCGGUUCCGCUGUUGGCGCAGGAAAGCAUGGAAGGAAUGCCGCUCAUUUUCAACAGCUUUACCGAGGAGGGAGCCGACGUCGGUAGCGGUGCAGGUGAUACGAUACGGAUAGGUGUUAUUUGAUAUUGGCUUCUAGUGGCCCUGGCUGGAACAGUGGCUCUCGGUGUGUGCGUGUGAGUGAUACUGUUUGUAAAUAGGUUUGUUAUACUGCACACGUAUUUGAAAUACCGUCUUCUUACUAGAUAAGCAUGUUAACUUAUUUCGUUGUCCGUUUUUUAAAACAAAAACUCUGUCUUCUUGUUACCGUCUCGUACCAUCCACAUCUACAAAGAAAUCGAGUCCCUCGGGACACGUGGAGAACGAUAGUCGUGUGAUCGAAAGUCCAGCAGGUUUAAGGCUGGGGAUCUACCAAAAACAAAACGCGCACAACAGAAACGGAACGCCAAAACAAUAGUGUCCGUACAGAUAUUAGUCAAUCGAAACAGCAAAUGUGAGUCCUACCUUGUUUGUGAUACUGUGAUUAUUUUUAGCAACUACGUAGCGUGGUAGAUUUCCCACAUGUACAAUAAACUAGCAAAUUUUAUUCAUCAAAA